AUGUUCAACUUCACAUAUGGGGCACAAGACGUGGGUGGGUUCUUAAAGGCAGAUUACGAAUCCUGCACUGUUAACGUGAUGAACACCAUCAAUGGUCUCAUAGAAUCACUAGGAAUAUUUAUCACCAUUGAAACAGCAGGAGAACACUACUACACCUGCUCUUAUGGCGAUCACUAUCGAAUGAACCAGAAGCUGGCAAUCAUUGCUUAUGAUAACCCCAUAUCGUCACCUUCACCCCCACCACCACCAACCUCUUCCUCUUCUGUCACUGUUCCAGGCUUUUCUCUUCUUCUGCGAUCCAUUGUUAUCGCUUUCUUUUAUUAG